UCACUGAUGGAUAAACCGUGCUGUAAGUUUGUUGCAUUAGGGACACUCCUCCUCUUUGCAAUUGUGUCUAUUCUGCUCCUCACUAUACAUAUAGAUGAUUUGAAAGAGCCCCCCGAGUACAUGUAUGGGAUUGUUUUGGAUGCAGGUUCCUCACACACGGCGAUGUACAUCUACAGAUGGCCAGCAGAUAAGCUUAAUGGCACAGGCGUGGUCACCCAGCACAGCGAGUGUCAUGUCAAAGGUGGGGGAAUCUCGAGUUAUGCUGGGCAGCCGGGUGCAGCCGGCCGUAGCCUGGAGGUGUGUCUGAAACAGGCCAUGAGAGACAUUCCCCUUGACAGACACCGCCGCACCCCUGUUUAUCUUGGAGCUACUGCUGGGAUGAGACUUCUGAACAUUUCCAGGCCUGAUAAAUCAGCUCAGAUUCUUCAGGAAGUAGGACAGAAAAUCAAAUCCUUUCCAUUCAGCUUUCGGGGAGCAGUGAUUUUGAGUGGUCGGGAGGAGGGUGCCUACGGUUGGGUCACUGUAAACUACCUCCUUGAAAACUUCAUAAAGUAUGACUAUGUGGGCCGGUGGCUUAACUCAGGCAAAGAAACAGUGGGAGCACUGGAUUUAGGUGGGGCAUCUACCCAGAUCACAUUUGAGACCCCAGAGACGAUUGAAGACAAAGAAAACCAAAUGAACUUGCGCCUUUAUGGGCACGAGUAUUCCCUUUACACGCACAGUUACUUAUGCUAUGGUAAAGAAGAAGCCCUACGCAAAAUUCUGGCCUAUUUAGUUAAAUCACAGGAUAAUUCAAGCAUUGUGUAUCACCCCUGCUACCCAUCUGACUUCACUGAUGUCUUUCAACUGGACAAAGUUUUUGACUCACCUUGCACAGCAUCAUGGAGGCCAAAACUGUAUAACCCUCAUGCUUGGAUAACAGUAAAAGGCACUGGAGAUUACCAACGCUGUCUGGACAACACUUCAGAAAUAUUCUCCUUCAAUCACUGUACAUUUUCUAAGUGUUCCUUUAAUGACGUUUUUCAACCCAACAUCCGUGGAGGCUUUGUGGCUUUUUCUGCCUAUUUCUUUACACACAAUUUUCUCCAGAGAAGUACAGGGAUAAAUAUCAGGACUUCUGAUCAGUUACAAGAGGCGGUCCUGGCUGUGUGUAAUAUGACCAUAGAAGAGAUGAGCAGGAAAGCUCCUGACUUGCAAAGAUACCUUAAGGAUUACUGUGCAGUUGCAGUAUAUAUACAAGUGCUAAUGCUGAGAGGUUACAGGUUUGAUGAGCACUCCUUCCAAAAUGUUGCUUUCCAAAAAAGGGCAGGUGAAGCAUCUGUGGGCUGGGCACUAGGUUAUAUACUUAGUGUGAGCAGCCUUCUUCCAGAGGAACCUAUAGAGGUCAGGAAGGGCUUGCAUCAUGGAGCAUGGACCGGCCUGCUGUUUCUCCUAGCAAUUCUCUUUACUGCUACCUUAUGUUACACGGCUCUCCUGGUCCUCCAGAAAAAAAGGAAUAAUGGAGGGGUCUCAUAGCCCACCACCACACCACAGGGCUGUUGUUUGUCGCAGAGUUAUUUUUGUCGUCCCAUGGGUUUUCUCUGUUCAGACUCUUUUUUGGAAAAACUCUGUAUACAAAUGAAACAUUUGGUACUCGAAUUAUGUAGGCUACUGUCCAAGACAGCAGAUGACUCUGCAGCUGCCGACUUUGGCACAGAUCUGGCCCCAGGGUCAUCUCUGCUGUAUGGAAUAUAAUUAACAGAAAGACAUUUUUGUUUUAUUGUUUACGGGUGUGGGUUCUAAUAUUUUGUAUCUUAAAUUUUACUGUAUGAAACAUAAACAACCUAGAAAAUUACUUAACUAAUGACAUAUAUUUUAUUAUAAUUCAUGUAAUUCCAUGUAUAUGAAAAAUUGUGAA